AUGGAGCUGAAGGAAGUAGCGGACUACCUUGCCCACGAAGGCGAGAAAUCCCAACAGGGGAUACAACAGCUGAAGGACGACAACCGAGGCUUGCUGGAGAACAACACGGAGCCGCUUUGUCAGACAGUGGUAUCCAACCUCGACCUCCAGCGAGGGAAAAGGUGGGAAACCUUACCACUGACAAACGGUUGUUAG